CUUUUAACCCGCGCGUGGGGGCGCCCAGGCCACUGGGCUUCGCGGAGCAAGCGAGUGUCGCCAAGCAGCCGGAGCCGCAGCCGCGCGCGUCCCGUCCCGAAGCCGACGCCAGCUCGCCAGCAUGGCCCCCGCAGCGGCUUCGGGUGGCAGCUCUCUGCCCAGUGGCUUCUCGGUCUUCACCACCUUCCCGGACUUACUCUUCAUCCUUGAGUUUAUCUUCGGGGGCCUGGUGUGGAUCCUGGUCGCGUCCUCGCUGGUGCCCAUCCCCCUGGUCCAGGGCUGGGUGAUGUUUGUGUCUGUGUUCUGCUUCGUGGCCACCACUGCCCUGCUCGUCCUGUACAUCAUCGGCGCUCACGGCGGGGAGUCGUCCUGGGUCACCCUGGACGCAGCCUACCAGUGCGUCGCCGCCCUGUUCUACCUCAGCGCUUCGGUCCUGGAAGCCCUGGCCACCAUCUCCAUGCAGGACGGCUUCACCUACAAGCACUACCAUGAGAACAUCGCGGCCGUGGUGUUUUCCUACGUCGCCACGCUGCUCUACGUGGUCCACGCCGUGUUCUCUUUAAUUAGAUGGAAGUCUUCGUAAAGCAGCAGGACUUGAGCCGAAAACCCAGGGGUGUUGGCGGAUCAGCCAUCUUCCAGCAUCACUUUCUAGAAGGUAGACACGCUCUCAAUGGUGGAAAAAAGAAGACAAACAAACCAAACAAAGCAACACUUCCCCACGGGUAUCAUGCUGACCUUCCCAUUCACCUUCCCCCCAGGGGCAGGGGGCUUGCUGUGUUUAACCUCCAAUACUGAGCUGUCUCUCCAGGGUCUUCCGUCUGUGAGAGGGGCCUGUGGGGGUGGGACAUGGGGAGUGUGACCUCAGAAGCAGCAGCGAUCCCCCACUGGCCCCGGGCCGAUCUCGGGAACAGCCUGCUGGACCGUCCCACGGGCUCCUGGAGACCCAUUUCACGGUGCGCUAGCGACCUCAAGGAUCCUGAGCGUCCAGGAACUGAAACUCACCCGACAGAUAGUCCCAGAUGUCCACGGUGGAAGAUGAUGACCCUUCGAAAUACUUUAUAAAGGGCCUGUGUGUCCCACCCUCCGUGGGGCGUGCUUCGGGGUUUUGUUUCGAAUUGCCCUGUGCUGGGAACACCCUCCUGGUGGCCUUCUGUCUGAGGCAUCCUUUGACUUAGCCUGAUGUCAGGAGGUAGCAGGUGAUGCCGUGCAUGCCUGGCCACUGCCCCCUCCCUCCCAGAGUCCACUGCCAGCGUGGCCUUCCCCUCCCUGGAAACUCACCAGGUGCCAGCCUGGGGCCCCCAGCCAUUUCCCACAAGCCCCAGCAGUUGUGCUCAAUUAGAAUUUCCUUAGACCACUGGAUGUGGUGGCACACACCUGUGAUCCCAGCAGCUGGGGAGGCUGAGGCAGGAGGAGCGCAAGUUCAAAGCCAGCCUCAGCAACUUAGCGAGGCCCUAAGCAGCUCAGUGAGACCCUGUCUCAAAAUAAAAAGUAAAAAGGGUUGGGGACGUGGCUCGGUGGCUCGGUGGCUAAGCACCCCUGGGUCGUAAAGCUGACCCAGAACGUCUCGACUGUGUGGUCUGCUCUCUGUGCCAGUUAGUGAUGUGGAUGAUCAGCUGGUUUUAGAAUGUCCCUGGGGAGGACGGGGACCAGGCUAUGGAGUGGAAGGAAGCAGAGACAACAGGAGGGCACUGUCAGGUGGCAUUCGAUGUCCGGGCUGAGAGCCGACCGAGGUCACUGAGUUAGGAAUCUGGAAGCCCAGCUCCCAUCAUGAGUCCCCUUGAUCCUGUGGCUCGAGAGUGAAUGACAUGCCAGAGACGAGACCCCCGGAUCACUGGUCCCAAAAAAUGGCCCCUUGUAAUGAGCCCACAGAACAUAACUGAAAUUUUUGAAAGGUUUGGCAGGGACUGUAUCUUAAAAACAAAACUAAGCUACAACUUAAGAACUGAUAGGAGGCUUGCCAUGUGUUUACACAAUUUGGACUUGAGUGUUGAUGAAGGAAAGUCUCAUUUGUUUCAACAAAACCGCCCUCGGCUCUGUACUCACCCCAAAACUUAAUGCAAAUGAGGCUCAUUUUGGUUCAAGGAAGGGAGGGAGGGAGGAAGGCUUCAUUGAGUUUCCCAAAGGUUUCCAAGUGUCUAAAUUUUUUUAACCAUUUAAAUAAACUUUCAUAGGCUCUUUC